ACAUUUCCUGGUUGCACCGAACCCCGGAACUAAAGCUCCUCUGAUGCACCCCUUGAAGGUAAAUAUCUCGAUUAAAGCUCCUGAUCAGAUUAGAGAUGUUUUACUGGAUGAGGAGGGACAGCCUCGGGUCCGAGUCUCUGGACGGGAACAUGUCCAAACCGGAAAUCCUCCGCGGGAUCGUGACCGAGAAGCUGAGCACCGCGGCCCGGGAGAUCCUGGCGGUCCUGGAGAGAACCGUGACCGGGUACGAGGACGAGGUGGCGGGUCUGAGGAGGGAGAUAGACCGGCAGAAGAACCAGCUGGAGGCGGUCCUGCAGCCCCGGGUCUCUCUGCAGAAAAGAGCCCUGAUCCAAGACGAAGACCACGAGGUUGUUGUUCUGAGUGAGGAAGAGGAGGAGCAGCCGACUCAGCGGUCAGGUCUUGAGGACACGGGGAGUCUGGGCAUGUGGUAUGAUGAUGAAGAUGAUGCUGAGGAUGAAGAGCAGCAGGUUUCAGCUCCUGUACCAGGCGUGAGCGCAGACCGGAGACGAGCAGACCGGAAGGACCCGGAUUAUGAAGUCAGCCCGAGAGUUCGCUCCGGCAGGAGGAAGCCCGGGAGACCUCGACUCGUCGACUCUCAGAGCCAUCUGGACCUCAAGAUCCGGAUCCUGGAGAGCUCUCAGACCGACGUGCUCUCGAACAACGUGUUUCCAAGGUGUCCGGUCCAGGACCUGAGGUGUCCUCGAGGUCUUCAGGAGGCAGACUUCCUGGACCUGCUGCGGUCCUCUUUCCCUCAGCUGGCCGAUCAGUCGCCUUUAGAGUUCUUCACGUCGGACAGAUCGAAGCGACUCCGCCCCCUGAGCGUGAAGAGUCUGACCCCGGAGGAGAUCUACCGGAGCGCCCGGCUAAGCGGGACGGGGAAGUCCACGAUCUACAUCCGUCUGAAGACGGAGGGGGACCCUCAGAGCGGCGGUGAGGACGGGCGACUCCCUCAGAGACCUGAUGGGUCUCCGUCCCUGUCAGCUGAUCAGACCUUCACCAGGGUGACACCUGAGAGGAGGAGGCGGGGUAGACCUCGCCUCGGAGAAGAACCGACCCACCACCGUCUGAGGGUCUGCCUGCUGGAGGACUCUCGCUCUGAGGUUCUCUCUAAACAAGACCUGCUGAACUCCCCGGUCCAGGACCUGAACUGUCCCCGUGGACUGCAGGAGCCGGACUUCCUGUCCCUGCUGAGGUCGUCCUUCCCUCAGCUGUCCAAUCAGAAACCAUUCCACGUCUUCAAGUCGGACCGCAGCCGGAGACUCCAGAGGCUCCGAGUGAAGACCCUGACCCCGGAGGAGAUCUACCGGAGCAUGAGGAGCACCGGGGUGGACAAGGCUCUGCUCUACCUCCGCCCCAAGACAGGAGAGGAAGACGAGGAGGAGGAAGAGGAGGGGGAGGAGGAAGAGGAGGGGGAGGAGCUUCAGAGGAAGGAUUCACUCACUGAUCCUCCGUCUCCUGCAGCGCCGAUAAAACAAGACGAUGGGUCCAGCUCCUCAGCUCAGCGAGCCGACCCGUCCAGCAGCUCUUCAUCACCGCGGCGAGCUGACGAUGAGGCCGCUCAGAGACACGAGGACUCGAGUGAAGACGAGGAGCUGAAGGACGAAGACUGGCGUCCGGACGAUGAAGACGAGAGCGAGUCGAAGCCGAGGAGGCGGGGCGGCGAGGAGGACAGGGUGAAGGUGGGCCGGAGGAACCCGUGUAAGGUGUGCGGGGUCUGGUACAGGAUCCAGAGCAGCCUCAUCAAACACGCCUGGACUCACGUGGCCGAGGCGGCGAGCGUGUGCGGCGUGUGCGGUCAGCAGUUCGAGUCCGCGGACGAUCUGAAGGAUCACCUGAGGACCUACCAGAAGACUCACGACUGCUCGUACUGCGCCAAGUCUUUCCUCACCGUCACCGGCCUCAAACGCCACACCACGCUCCACACGGGGGACCGCCCCUUUAAAUGUGACGUCUGCGGCAAGACGUUCACGCACACGUACGCGCUCAGCCUCCACCGCUGGGUCCACGCCGCCGACAAGCCGCACAAAUGUGACAUCUGCCCGAAGGCGUUCGGCCUGAAGGCGACGCUCCGCGCUCACAGGAAGACGCACUCGGGGCGGGACGGCUUCCAGUGCAACGUCUGCGGGAAGUCUCUGCGCGACCUGCGCUCUCUCGCUCGCCACAAGACCACUCACUCCGGCGAGCGGCGCUACGGCUGCGAGGUGUGCGGGAAGCGCUUCAAACUGUCGUACACGCUGAAGGCUCACGAGAAGACGCACACGUCCCGGGAGCGCCUGUUCCUCUGUCACAUCUGCUGCAAGAGCUUCUUCUCCAACUGCGGCCUGUCGGCGCACAUGAGGACGCACAACAGCGUGCGCCCGUUCCCCUGCGUCGUCUGCGGGAAAGGCUUCGUGUCCAACGGCGAGCUGAAGGUUCACCUGCGCGUCCACACCGGCGAGGCGCCGUACGGCUGCUCGCAGUGCGGACGCCACUUCAAACGAAAGACUCACCUGAACACUCACGUGAGGAGUCACCUGGGCCUCAAACUCUUCGUCUGCAGCGUCUGCGGGAAGGCGUGCUCGCGCCAGGAACACCUGACGGUCCACAUGAGGACGCACAACGGCGAGAGACCGUACCAGUGCGGCGUCUGUGACAAGGCCUUCACUCAGGGUCACUGUCUGAAGACUCACAUGAAGAGCCACCACGGGCCAGAGAGCCCGCCCCUGAACACACCGUCCACCUGAGAAUAAACUCCUCCCCCUCUCCCCACAACUCCUCCCAUCUGAGAGUUAACUCAUCCCCCUAUCUCCACAGCUCCUCCCCUCUGAGACUAAACCCCUCCCCUAUCUCCACAGCUCCUCCCCUCUGAGAGUUAACUCAUCCCCCUAUCGCCACAGCUCCUUCUCUCUGAGAGUUAACUCCUCCCCCUCUCUCAUAAGCUCCUCCACUCUGAGACUAAACUCCUCCCCUAUCUCCACAGCGCCUUCUCUCUGAGGUUACUCCUCCCCCUCUCUCAUAAGCUCCUCCUCUCAGAGUUAACUCCUCCCCCUCUCCCCACAGCUCCUUCUCUCUGAGGUAACCCCUCCCCCUCUCUCAUAAGCUCCUCCUUUCUGAGAAUAAACCCCUCCCCUAUCUCCACAGCCCCUCCCCUCUGAGAGUUAACCCCUCCCCUCUCCACAGCUCCUCCCCUUUGAGAUUUAACCCCUCCCCUCUCCACAGCUCCUCCCCUCUGAGAGUUAACCCCUCCCCCUCUCCACAGCUCCUCCCCUCUGAGAAAAGAAUCCGUCCUGUGUCUCACCGAGAAGACGAAGACUUCUACGAUCAUCGGGAAUAUAAACGUGUUCAAUCAAAGAUAUCGGAUAUCUUAAAAACAUUCGGCAGGAACAGAAACGUUAGCGGUUUGUAAAUAAAGUUUUCUACUUCAGGACGGUUCUUGAAAAUCGCAAGAAAAACGACGACAUACGAACAUCCUGUCGUUUGUCGUCGAUCAUAAACAGCUUCGGUUAUUUAUUCAACUUUAAAACGUCGUCACAAAGAAUGUGUCGGGAACUUUAACUCUAUAAAUGUUAAAUUAUAAAAAGAUGCGUUCAAUGAUAAAUCAGGAAGUCGUCUGCGUAGAAGGUCGACUUUAAUAUUUGUAAAAGUAAGAAAGCCGAACUCUGCUGAAGUUCGUUAAAAAAGUCGUAAUUAUGAAAAAAGAUUUCAGAUUCGAGGUUUUGAACGUCCCGGUCUGAAGAGUUAAAGAUCGUCGGGCCUGGAACGACUGACCAGGACAGUCCUUUAAGAGGGGCGGGGCUUGAUCCAGAUCCACCCACUCUCCAGGGACCAAUGGGGGCUCAGGCUGAAAGGAGAGCAAACCUUUACCUGGAGCGUUUAAAGGUCCAAACUGAAAAUGUUAAAGUCGAGUUUUUUAAAACAUCGUCACAAAGGAUGUGUCGGGAAAUUUAACUCCAGAAAUGUUAAAUUAUAAAAAGAUGCGUUCAAUGAUAAAUCAGGAAGUCGUCUGCGUAGAAGGUCGACUUUAAUAUUCGUACAAGUGAAAAAGCCGAACUCUGCUGAAGUUCGUUAAAAAAGUCGUGAUUAUGAAAAUAUUUAAGGUCGAACAAAGAUUCAUUUUUUAAUUUCAGAUUUUAUUUUCAGACCCUGAAGUUACGCUGAGGACUCGAAACCUGACGAUACUUACGAGGUUUUAAACUCCCCGAUCUGAAGAGUUGAAGAUCGUCGUUUCGUGUGUUCGAGUUGAAUCGUAAAAACAAAAAUCGGUGAAAACAAACGUGAACGAGUGAAACCGUCUUUAAUGAAAGUCAGAGACGUUAAAACAUAUUUUUAUUUAAAGAGAAGAAAUGUUUGUUGUGUGAAAUUAAAAUCACGUUUCAGUUUGAUAAAUAACUUUUGUACUGUUCCUUUAAUGCUGCAUUCAAAGACUGUAGGAAUAUUCAUGUUACCUUAAACCGAUGUCUUAAAAUAGAUUCACAGGCUUUCUUUCUUUCUUUCUUUUUCUUGUAUGUGAUGCAAGAAAACUUCAAAAUCCCCACAGGGUCCUGAAUGCAGCAGAGUGCCUUAAAGGGCCGGUGGUCCUGAUAAGUUCAGUGUGUCCUGCAGAAGCACUUCCUGUCCGCCUGCUUGUUUGUGUUCAUGUAAACUCUGAAUAAACGUCUGUGAUGAAGAACUUCU